CUACCACAACCACUGGAUCCACAGAGCCUCCAGGCAUUUGUGCUGUUCCCUUGGAGAGCGUUUCUGGGAGAUGGAGGACCAUUUCCAGUUACAAGUAGCAGCCCAGAUACUCUAGAAUAUCACAUGCAGCUAUGCCUCUGUGGACUGAGUGGCCAUGACCUCAAGGUGGCUCAUGGAGAGCUGGCAGGCAUGCAACUGAUAAUGGAAGAUGUUCUUCUGAGUAACUAUCAUACGAUCAUGGAGGGUCUCCCAGAACAGCAAGCCACACCAGACAAAAAUACACAGCCAGAUUUGUCCAGAGUACCAGGACUCAGAAGUCAGUUCCAAAGCAGCCCAAAGGCCUCCAAGCUGCUGGGGGGCCCGUGUGAUGCAGUGAUGUCCCUUGCUUUGCUGAGAUCAUUUCUGGUGCUGUGGAAGCAACUGGAAGUUCUAAAGGAGCACUGGGGCCGACUCAAGCUCCAAGUCCAGGACAUCAACUCUCCCUCUCUCCACAAACAGUUCUCAGAGCUCUAUGGAACUGAUAUUCUCUACCCCAGCAUGAAAGCUAUAGCUAGGCGGAUGGGGAAAGAAGAUGAAUUUGAAGAAAUUUUAAUAACUAGUCAGUCUAUUAUUCCCCCCAAAGGAACUUCAGAAAUCGAAAUAAAAACUCAACAGCUUCAGAAACUUCUGGAAAAUCUUGAAAUUCAUAUGAUCCAGGAGGUAUUAAGGAAAGUUAACAGAGAGAUAACACUGGUUGUAUCAGAGAAGUCCAAGGAGCAGCAUACUCUCCCAACAGACCUUUGGAAGCACCAAGUCAUGGAAGAAAACUUUUCAAUUGUCAGACCGCAAAUAGUUGAAAAUUUUGUACAGAGAUUAUUGGAGAAUUACCAGGAUGGUGGAUUAGAGAUAUUGAUGCCCCUUUCUUUUCAGGUCACUUUCAGGAAAGACCACCUCGAGGCCUGCCUCCUUUCCCUGGGUGGUGAUGUGAUGGCCAGAGAACGCAGCAACUUCGAGAGCUACUCCACGUGUUACGAGCAUAUAUUGGAGCACGUUAGACAGAAGCUCUGCCAGAAGGAGCAAGAAUUAGACAUUAUACAAGGAGGUCAAAGUCCACCUGAAGACAAGGCUGGUCAGGUUGCAGAACUCAGUCACAAUAUGAUUAUGGAGAUCACUGCCCUGAGAGCCCGACUCACGGAUUUGGAGGAGGAGAAUCUAAAUCUCAAAAAGCAAAUUAGAAAAGAAGUCCAAGAAGAAUAUGAAGCAUUAGUCCAAGCUUUGUUUGUGACAUGUUUGCACAUCAAAGAGAAGUUGGAUGAGAAUCAGCUUAAUUUGAUCCAGAAAGUGUGUGAGCUCAUCGGCGAAGUAAGAACAGAAGGGAUUGACAACAUGAAAAGCCUAAAGAAGUGGGGCUCCGCCAGGCCUGACGAAGAAAUGAAAGAAAAUCCAGCCAAAGAGCAGCUGCAGCCUUUGGAGCAGGACAACUGCGGCCUGCCCACCCUGGUGCGCCAACUGAGGAGGCUGGUGGUGCAGCAGGCGCACUUCCGGGGCCAGCUGAGCAGGGCUGAGAAGGAAGCUGUGCAAAGGAAAAAAGAGUGUUUGAACAUCAAGCUAAUGGCAGAACGAGAAGUGGUUUUAUUUCAUCAACAGCUAUUGGCUCUAAGGCAGGCCCUGGCUAGGGCUCAGGCGGACAAUGUGAAGAUGUGCAGGCAGCAGGAGAAUCAGGCACAAUUGCUGAAAGAGUUAGAACACCGAGUGACCCAGGAAGCUCUCCAUAGGCAGCAGCUGGAUUUAAUGAAAGCCUCCAGCAUGGAGAAGCUCUUAAAGGAUGUGCAGCAAAAGGAACAGGACCUGCAGCUCCUCACUGAAGAUGCCAAGAGGGCUUCUAAAGUGGGCCAGCUGCAGCGGAAGAAAAUUCAGAGAGAACUCCGACACGUGAGAAGCCGGCUUGCCCAUGAGCGUAGUGUGAAGUUGGAUGCUUUCCAGUGGGUAGAAGAGCUACAAAGUCAGCUUAAUGAUGCUGAGCAAUCCUCCACCCAAAGAAACUCACCUGGCGGCCUUAUCUCCCAAGCUCACUACUCCCUAAGUUCUGCUUCCACAUCAUCCAGAUACACCCAGCGACACCUUUUAAAGACUCAACUCAUGGGCAGCAAAACAACAAGGAUUCAAAGGCCAAAGACUGUACCUAUUAAACACACAAAAAGAACUGACCAUGUCUUCCUACCCUAUGUGGCAGAUACUGUUCAACUUCCAACUUUUCAAGUUUAAACAGCUCCAUCCAGAACCCCAUUUAGACCUGAUUGGUAAUCACAUAGACUUUUUUCAAGUUUUAUUUCUAUGAGCAUUUGAAUGAAUAAAAAUGAUUCUAAAUUCCA